GAUGAAGGAAACUAAAGGAUGCGAUCAAUAUCAUAUUACACGAACACGUACUUCAGUUUACUUGUGUGUGAGUAUGCCACGAAGUGUUAUGGUGAUGAAAUGGGCACCCCACCCAUUUAAUAAGUUUAUGAAACUCAAAGAAAUUCCAAUGGACAUCAAACCCAAGAUUAUGGAUAUUUGUGAGUCUAAAUCGGGGGAAGUACAAUUGUAUGUUGAUGCCGGAGCAUCACUUCGCGUUUACGAUUUCCAAAACGUGACAGUUGAAGAAGUGACUGCACAUGGAGUGACGGCCGAUCAGCUAGGCUCACCAGUUCGAGGUGUCUUGUUAAACGACGUGUUUGCAGUGUGCUAUACCAACAUGGCUUUACUACAUAGUCUAGAGUCGAGCAAGGAUACCUAUGCCACAUUAACGUGGAGAAAUCCACUUACAUUUGCAGCUCGAUUGAGUGAUGAUUUUCUUGUUGCAGGAUCCACAACUGUUGUUGAUGUGAUCAAUAGUGUGACAGGCAAAAUGGUCCACGUAUUUGAAACGAAAAAAGACAAGAUUCGGUCACUUGAGUUACUGGUUGCACGAGGAAACAAGCUGUAUUUGUUUGCAGAGGAAGAAAAGGAUGGAAGUCGUACAGCUGCCGUUAUUCUUAUCGAAGUGUCGUACGUAUAGUUGAGUUUGAUGUCCAAGUGGAUGUUUGUGUUUUUGGGAAAUGCAUAAAUAAAAACAAAGUAGUUUAAUUUGGAUGC